AUGACGAACAACGACAUCAUAGCAAGAGCGGCCUUGGGAAAGACGAGCAGCGACAAGGCUGCGUUCAUAUCCACCGUGACGGAAUCACUCAAAUACUUCUCGGGUCUCCACUUGUUCGACGCCUACCCUUCCAUCAAGCUAUUUCGCCUCAUAAGCCCAGCCAAAAGAGACAUUGAGAGGCUGCAUCGACUCUGCGACAGGAUUAUCGGAAAGAUAAUCGAUGAGCGCAAACGGGCCAAAGCUAAGAGAGAAAAAAAAUAUGAGGACUUGUUGGAUGUUCUCUUGGAAAUCCAGGGUGGUGGGACCCAAGACCUCAGGCUCACUAUUGAAAACGUUAAAUCUGUUAUAGCGGAAAUGUUCGGUGCAGGAACCGAGACAACAAGCACCGUGGUGGAUUGGGCUAUGGUCGAACUACUGAGAAACCCAACAGUCCUCAAAAGAGCACAAACAGAGGUGAGACAGGGUUUCGACAUCAACAACGAGUCGAGCCUUGAUGACCUAAAAUACCUCAAGCUGGUCAUCAAAGAGUCCUUACGGUUACACCCACCGACACCGUUGGUUCCAAGAGAGGCUCGGUCACAAUGCAAGAUCAACGGCUAUGAGAUACCCAUAGGAACUCGAAUCCUUAUUAACUCAUUCGCUAUCGGGCGGGAUCCAACACGCUGGGUCGACCCAGAGGAUUUUAAACCCGAGAGGUUUGUGGAAAAAUCGGUUGAUUUUAAUGGGAAUAGUUUCGAUUACAUCCCGUUUGGUAGCGGGAGGAGGGUUUGUCCCGGGAUCACGUUCGGGUUGGCAAGUGUCGAGCUCCUGCUGGCCGUGUUGCUUUACUAUUUCGAUUGGGCACUGCCUGGUGAGGUGAAGGCAGAGGAUCUGGAGAUGGGUGAGGUGUAUGGGUUUACAGCUAAAAGGAAGAAGGAUCUUUAUGUGGUUCCUCUUGUCAACAGACGUAUUGCCGGGUCUUAA